UUCGAAAUUUUUUAAAUAGAGUUGAAUAAUAUUUACAGUUUAUAACUCGUAUUUUAUUAGGAAUAUCGAAAUCUACAAGUUCUGUAAGGUCAUGAAGUGAAACAUUUCGAAAUCGUCUGUGUUAUCUUUGUUUGGGAAGCUCGCAGCCGGUAUCGCAGGUUCAAGCAACCCGGUUUAGUCAGAAUAGCCGAGUUAGCUUAGCAUAGUCAAGUGCUAAUUUUCAACCGAAGCUUUGUUCCGCGAGAGCCGCAAACUUUCCGUGUUUCAUGUGGACAGAAUCCCUGCAGGGAAACCAUGGGCUUGACUGGGAAGAAAUCCGAAAAAGGCCCAGUGUCCUGGAGGAGGAGGGUCAAGUCCGAGUACAUGCGCUUACGGCAGCUUAAACGCUUCAGAAGAGCCGACGAGGUCAAGAGCAUGUUCAAUUCCAACAGACAGAAGAUCAUGGAGCGCACCGACAUCCUAAAUCAGGAGUGGAAGCUGAGGCGUAUUCAGCCGGUGCACCUCAUGACCCCUGUGAGUUCGUUACGCGGGACAAGAGAGUGCGCGGUCGACAGCGGCUUUUCCGAAUUUUCCAGACAAGUGAUUCCUCUUAAAACUCUGAAUGCUGUAGCUUCUGUACCUGUGAUGUAUUCCUGGUCUCCGCUUCAACAGAAUUUCAUGGUCGAAGACGAGACUGUUUUGCACAACAUCCCUUAUAUGGGCGAUGAAAUCCUGGAACAGGAUGGCACCUUCAUCGAAGAGCUUAUUAAAAACUAUGAUGGCAAAGUUCACGGAGAUAGAGAGUGUGGAUUUAUAAACGAUGAGAUCUUUGUGGAGUUGGUGAGCGCUCUCAAUCAGUACAGCGACAAUGAAGAUGACGACGAGGACGACGACGAGGACCAGGAUGAGCUGGAUAACUGUGACGGGAAGCACGACGUGGAUGAUUCUCGUCGGAGGAAUGACUACUCCAAGAGGUUCCCCUCUGAUAAGAUCUUUGACGCCAUCUCUUCCAUGUUCCCUGAUAAAGGUUCUCCAGAAGAGCUCAAAGAAAAAUAUAAAGAGCUGACCGAGCAGCAGCUCCCAGGGACGCUUCCUCCCGAGUGCACGCCCAACAUCGACGGCCCGAACGCCAAAUCGGUCCAGAGAGAGCAGAGCCUGCACUCCUUCCACACGCUGUUCUGUAGGCGCUGUUUUAAAUACGACUGCUUCCUGCACCCUUUCCAUGCGACUCCCAACACGUACAAACGCAAGAAUUUGGAGAACGUGGUGGACGGCAAGCCAUGUGGUGUCGAUUGUUAUAUGUAUCUGGUUCAGGAUGGCAUGGUGAAGGAAUAUGCAGCGGACGUGGUAGCCGAGCGCUCGAAGACCCCCAUAAAGCGCACGGUGGGCAGGCGUAGGGGCAGAGUCCCCAACAGCAGCAGCAGACCGAGCACGCCCACGGUCAACGCGGAAACGAAAGACACGGACAGCGACCGAGAGGGCGGGACGGAUACGAACGACAGCAACGACAGAGACGACGAGGACAAGAAGGACGAGACCACCAGCUCCUCAGAGGCGAAUUCACGCUGCCAGACUCCUGUGAAAUUAAAGCCCUCCGAUCCUCCCGAGAACGUGGACUGGAGCGGGGCGGAGGCCUCCCUCUUCCGCGUGCUCAUCGGCACCUAUUACGACAACUUCUGCACCAUCGCCCGCCUCAUCGGAUCCAAAACCUGCAGACAGGUGUAUGAAUUCAGGGUGAAGGAAUCCAGCAUCAUCGCUCGUGCUCCCGCUGAAGACGAAGACACGCCGCCGAGGAAGAAGAAAAGGAAACACAGGUUGUGGGCCACACACUGUCGAAAAAUUCAGCUGAAGAAAGACGGCUCCUCCAAUCACGUGUACAACUACCAGCCGUGUGACCACCCGAGGCAGCCGUGUGACAGCUCCUGCCCCUGCGUCACUGCCCAAAAUUUCUGUGAAAAGUUCUGUCAGUGCAGCUCGGAGUGUCAGAACCGCUUCCCCGGCUGCCGCUGUAAGGCUCAGUGUAACACCAAGCAGUGUCCGUGUUACCUGGCGGUGCGCGAGUGCGACCCCGAUCUCUGUCUGACCUGCGGGGCGGCCGAGCACUGGGACAGCAAGAACGUCUCGUGCAAGAACUGCAGCAUUCAGAGAGGAGCCAAGAAGCACUUACUGUUGGCACCAUCUGAUGUGGCUGGAUGGGGCAUCUUCAUCAAAGAGCCAGUUCAAAAGAACGAGUUCAUCUCGGAGUAUUGCGGCGAGAUCAUCUCCCAGGACGAGGCCGACCGCAGAGGAAAGGUCUACGAUAAAUACAUGUGUAGUUUCCUGUUCAACCUGAACAACGAUUUUGUUGUUGACGCGACGAGGAAGGGAAACAAGAUCAGGUUCGCCAAUCACUCUGUCAAUCCCAACUGCUAUGCAAAAGUUAUGAUGGUUAAUGGGGAUCAUAGAAUUGGCAUUUUCGCCAAGAGAGCCAUACAGACAGGAGAGGAGCUUUUCUUCGACUACAGAUACAGUCAAGCAGACGCUCUGAAGUACGUGGGCAUCGAACGUGAAAUGGAAAUUCCAUGAAGCCGUCUACCUCUGGAUCAAACGCCUUACACACUUCAGGAAUUUUCUCUCCACAUGCAUUUUCAGUACCAGGUUUUAUAGGACAAGGUUAUCUUGGUUAUCUACUUGGAUAUUUUUAGCAGGUUUUUUACACUUCACCUGGGUUUUUUUUUUCCUCUGUAUUUUGUAUGUUCUCCUGACCAACAGGCUUACUCUGGGAAUUUUUGACAGUAACUUGAACAUUCACUUGUUUACAGCUUCAAGCCGUUUCUUCUCCCAGCGUUCCGGACAAUGUUCUUAUUUUAUUGUUAUCUCUGUAGACAGUUGGACCAAACCGAGGGUGUAGAACACACACACACACACACACACACACACACACACACACACACACACACACACACAGGCUGUACACUGACAUUCUUAUUCAUUAUGGGAUCAGUGCGGUGCCUAACAUCCCAGCACAUUAUGAACAAGUCUGAGCAGUUUUUUUGUUUGGUUUGUUUUCAUUAAAUCCGUGUUAAACCAAA